CAUCAAGCCAUUGGCAUAGCACAGGAUUUGUAUGAUGGAAAUCAGAAUGCAUUUUUCAAACCUCAAUAUAAGGGAAUGUUGGAGUUCGAGUGGGUGGAUUUUGUGGAGAAAAAACGAACAUCUAUAGAAAGCGAAUUGUGGUCCUUAUCUUCUGAAGUUAUUAUAUUGGUGAAUGACGAGUUGUUUGAAGAUUUUGACAAAUUUUUAACAUGGGCCGAAACAAAUCACGCAUAGAAGGACUAUAGACCAUUACCCCUAUGGUACGCAAUGUGUAAGGAAAAUUAUAAAGAACACUUGAAGUCGAAGUAACCAUUGUAGAACGUCUUUUCUUCCAUAAGAUGCAGCAAUAUGAACUGCAUUUCUUCCAUGAUUGUCCUUUACACAAGUUCCUUUGCCACAAAAGUAUUUCAUGAAAUGUUGGAUUUUUUCCACACUCUCCCUUGUCACCACGGACAGGACCACGUCAGCAUGAUAAGACAGCCGGCAUUUUGCCGUGCAAUCCAUUGAUUUUAAAAGAAAGCCAUGAUUUAAUGAAACGAAACCAUUCUUAUUUAUAAAAAUUAUUUGCUGUCAUGUUAUUCAUUGAUGUAAAAAAUGAAAAAAUGCAAGAAAAUUUUUGAAAAUAUUUCGUUAAACUCGUUCCUGCUUCGACGGCCAUCUUGAUUUUUUAAACUCCACUGAACUUCCACAUGAAUUUAACUGGAUAGAUUGACGUCGUCAGUAGAUGUUACGUAAAUAUUUUUACUGACAUUUGAAUUCUAUCUGAAUUUUCCUUUCGUCUAAAGCAGAUUUGUUCGGUAAAUGGCAUAUGUUGAUUCGGAUUUAGCUAAAUCUCGAAGAUUUAGGAAGAAAAAAGGGGUCGAAAAGAAAAAUAAAGAACUUAAAUGGCAUUUGAAUUAUUUGCUUUGGAAAUUUGGCGUGUUUUAAAUAUAAAAAAUAAGUAAUGGUAUGUAAAUCAUAAUAAAAUGAGCCAACCAUGAACUUUAUAGAGCAAUAUCACGCUGAGAAAGGGCGCGUUUUCUUAAAAUACAAUAGCAAAUAGUUGUGAUGUGGCAAAUGCAAGCUAAGGACGUGCGUAAAGAUGGUUUGUAAAGCUAUAAAUUGUACGUUUCAACGAUAAAACUGAGGCCUGAAGUUUCAGAAGAUUCUUCGGAGAAAAGACAGAAAGUGUAUUUGUUGAAAUAGGAAAAUUGACUCUGUUUAACAUGGCUGAAAACAAGACUAGAGGUCAAGGUUUCGACAGACAUUGGUUUGUUGAAAAGAGGGCUCUUCAAUUUCAAUGUGGAGUUUGCAGUAAUGUCGUCAAAUAUCCCUAUCAGAUUGUAAACUGUGGUCAUCAUGCAUGCCGUGAUUGUCUAUCACGUGAUCUUAAAGAUGUCAGGGAAUGUCCUGUGUGUAAUGUUGAAAUAAAAGACUUUAAAACGGAGAUUUUCCCUGAUACUUCAGUGAAAAUAAAAGUCUUCGGAUUGCUCAUGAAAUGUCCUGAUAAAAAAUGUAAAUGGAAAGGAGAGUUGAGACAGUUUCUCGAGAAACAUGAAAAUGAAUGCCCGUUUGGUGUGCUCAAAUGCCCAAAUGAGAAAUGCAAUGAACGAGUGACGAGAGAAGAUCUGAAGAAACAUUUAGAAGCAUGCCCUUACAGAGAGAUAAAAUGUCCACAUUGUGGAAUAACUUUGUACUUUAAAGACGAGAAACGUCACUUGGAGGAGCAAUGUUUGAAAAUUCCAGUUGAUUGUGCUCAAGGAUGUGGAAAGCAAAUUAUAAAAGAGCAGAUCCAAGACCACAUAGAUAAUGAAUGUGAAAAUACGCUGAUCGACUGCAAGUAUAAAGACUUAGGCUGCGAUGAAUUGGUUGAACGUGGAAAUAUUGAAGACCAUGAAUCAUCAAAUGUUGCCUCGCAUCUGGCUAAAGCUGUUGAUGUAAUUAGAAACCUUAAAGAGGAAAAGCGAGCAUUGACCGAAAAACUGAGAAAGUUCGAUGAAAAGCAUGAAAGUUUAGACAGGAAAAUGACGGACUCUAUAGAAACACAGAAAACACAUUCAAACAAAAUAGAAUCUGACCUGAAAGAAUUUGUGAAAAUGGGAAGUUUAAGUCUAGAGAAUGUUAAAAAAGCCACUGAACAAAACUUCGAAAAUAACGAAAGAAAUGGCAUCGAGGUUGAGGAACAGAGAAACGAGUUACAGCAUUUGAAUAAUAAUAUCAUUCCCGUUCUGAAGAACGAUAUUACGAUAAACGAAGAUGAAAUCAUUAAAUUGAUAGGAACUACCAACGACUUAAAAAAAUUCACUGUAGCAUUUUACAACGAACUGAAACACGAACAUGAUGACCAGCGGCAGGUAAUGGAUGCAACUAUCGAUACUCUACGUCAUGAUCUCGUCAUAGAAAAGACCGAACGCAUAAAGAAUGAAAAUAAGACAGGUGAACAUUUGGCUAAAGUGAACGCAAAAAUUGGAGACAAUAUAAGAAAAUUAAAACAAAUGCAAGGUGAGAUUUUGGUUUCACAAGAUGCAACAAAAGAAAAGUUUUCGCAGCAAUACAAACAAAUCCAGUCAAAUUGCGAGAAUCUAUUAGAAAUGAUCAAAAAGAGAAAAGUUGACUGA